AUAGAUGACUAACCUUCCGAAAUUCUACACCAUAAAAGCUUCCCUUGUUAGGCACAUCUGUGAAGAGUUGAGGGCUUGAGCAUCUGAAAGAAUAUGGGUUCUAAGCAUAUUGAGGGAGCAAAUGAGGUAUUUCAAGCUCAAACCCAUCUGUACAAUCAUAUCCUCAAUUACAUAAACUCAAUGUCACUCAAGUGUGCAGUUCAGCUAGGGAUAUCAGACAUAAUCCACAACCAUGGCAAACCCAUGACUCUUUCUGAGUUGGUCUCUGCACUUCAAAUCAAUCCAACCAGAACUGGUUGCAUGUACAGGCUCAUGCGGAUGUUGGUCCAAUCAGGCAUCUUUGCUGAAACAAAACUCAAUGAUGGUCAGAACUCAACUGCAUAUGCUCUCACACCUUCUUCUAGUCUUCUGGUCAAAGAUAAUUCCAAUUGCUUGUCUCCAUUCGUUCUGGCCAUGCUUAGACCCGUUUUUGUCACUCCAUAUCAUACCUUGGGAGAUUGGUUCCGAAGCGCGGUGCCGACUCCGUUUGAGCAAGCGCAUGGAAUGACCCUUUGGGAGUAUGGAGUCCAAGACCCUGAGUUUAAUUCCCUCUUCAAUGAAGCCAUGUCCAGUGAUUCUCAAUUGAUGAACUUGGUUAUUAAAGAUUGUAACCAAAUUUUUGAGGGUUUGAGUUCUCUGGUUGAUGUUGGAGGUGGUAAUGGAUCAAUUUCUAGGAUCAUAUCUGAGGCAUUCCCUGAUAUAAAAUGCACAGUUUUGGACCUCCCACAUGUUGUUGCUGACUUGACAGGCAGUAAGAACUUGGAGUUCAUUGGAGGUGAUAUGUUUCUCUCUAUUCCUCCUGCAGAUGCUCUGUUGCUCAAGUUGAUUUUUCAUGGGUGGAGUGAUGAGAACUGUGUGAACAUACUUAAGAAAUGCAGAGAAGCCAUUCCAAGCAAAGGAAAGGUGAUUAUAAUAGAUGUGGUGAUCAAUGAGAAGAAAGAAGAGCAUGAGUUAACUGAAACAAAGCUCCUUUUUGACAUGUUGAUGAUGGUUGCGGUUACUGGACGAGAAAGAAGUGAGAAGGAAUGGGAAGGGCUAUUCCUUGAGGCUGGCUUCAGUCACUACAAGAUCACACCCUUAUUUGGCUUAAGAUCCCUCAUCGAGGUUUUUCCUUAGGAGGAAUUAACAUGCAUAAUGUAUGCUUAGCUUGCAUGAUUGUUGAAUAAAUAUUUGCAUUACAAUCUUGAUUUGAAAGGAAAGAACAUCGAUCCAGUCAGAGUUGGCGUAUCUUCGUAUUGCAAGCUUAAUAAAAUUGCUAAAAAGCUCUUGUAUCUUACACUUUCAGUUGUUUUAUAUAGUAAUCAUCGUAUUGCCUCAA